AGAAACAUUUAGCGGGUUCCGCGGUUGAGAACGAGCCAAUGCCAGUUAUCGAGCAGACAGCGAUCCCGACUAGCGUCUCUGGCUCGUUUAACGGCUAACGGGACGCGAGUGCGGAAAACUAACCAAGAAAUACGGUUUCAGCUCUCUUUUAGGGCUAAUAUAAAAGGCUAAAACAAAUAUAACUCAUACGACGCGUGAACAAACCAACGGCCCCUUAGCAAUGAUGCAAACCCUGAAACCACCGCCGCCACUACAUCAUCACCACCAACUACAGCACCAGCACCAGCAUCCGCAGCAGCCACAUCAACAUCAGCAGCUGCAGCAGCAGCAACAGCACCUGACAGUCAUGGAUAAUCAUCAGCAACAUCAGCCACAUCCGCCGCAUAUCCAUCAGCAGCAGCAGCAACAAUUGCCACCCACGCCGCAGGCAUCGCACCUGGUCGGUGGUGGGCAGCUUCCGCACCACAAUCACCUGGCUGUCGACCAGGAUGACCCAAAUCCCGAACUGGUGCUCGCCUUAAUUUCCAGGAACCGGGCGCUCGAGGCUACGAUCCCAAAGUGCGGCGGCUGCCACGAGUUAAUCCUGGACCGCUUCAUCCUCAAGGUGCUAGAGAGGACGUGGCACGCCAAGUGCCUGCAGUGCAGCGAGUGCCAUGGUCAGCUGAAUGACAAGUGCUUUGCGAGGAAUGGCCAGCUCUUCUGCAAGGAGGACUUCUUCAAGUCGAACAGACGUUACGGUACAAAGUGUUCCGCUUGUGAUAUGGGCAUCCCGCCCACGCAGGUGGUGCGGCGGGCCCAGGACAACGUCUACCAUCUGCAGUGCUUCCUGUGCGCCAUGUGCUCCCGCACCCUGAACACGGGCGACGAGUUCUACCUGAUGGAGGACCGCAAGCUCAUUUGCAAGCGCGACUACGAGGAGGCCAAGGCAAAAGGUCUCUAUUUAGAUGGCUCUUUGGACGGUGAUCAGCCGAACAAGCGACCCCGCACCACGAUCACCGCCAAGCAGCUGGAGACUCUGAAGACCGCCUACAACAAUAGCCCCAAGCCCGCCCGCCAUGUACGUGAGCAGCUCUCGCAGGACACCGGCCUGGACAUGCGUGUGGUGCAGGUCUGGUUCCAGAACAGGCGGGCCAAGGAGAAACGACUGAAAAAGGACGCUGGCCGCACGCGUUGGAGCCAGUACUUCCGCUCGAUGAAGGGCAACUGCUCGCCACGCACCGACAAAUUCCUUGACAAAGAUGAGCUGAAGGUGGACUAUGACAGUUUCAGUCAUCAUGAUCUAAGCAACGACAGCUACAGUACCGUCAAUUUGGGUCUGGAUGAGGGCGCCUCGCCACAUAGCAUUCGCGGUUCCUACAUGCACGGCAGCUCCAGUCCAUCGCAGUAUCCGCCGAGCAGCCGCUCGCCGCCGCCAGUUGGCCAGGGUCACACUUUUGGCUCCUAUCCGGACAACAUUGUGUACACCAAUAUAGAUCAUGCUGUGGCCUCCAAUCUGCAUGCCAGCAAGUCGCACCAUCGCCUGCAUAGUAGCAACAAUGUCUCGGAUUUGAGCAACGACUCCAGUCCCGAUCAGGGUUAUCCCGAUUUUCCGCCCAGUCCGGAUUCCUGGCUCGGUGAUUCCGGUAGUACCAACAAUACCAGCGCUAAUAAUAACAAUAGCAACAAUAAUGCGAACAACAGCAGCAGCAGCAACAACAACAACAACAGCAGCAGUGCGGGCGGAGGCGGUGGAGGAAGUGGCACUGUGAGCCUUAAUGCCGCCGCACCCAAUGCUUCAGCGGCAGGCGUACAUUACUGAUACUCAAAUCUGCUUUUGCGUUACUUCGAGAUGCAAUCGCGUAGUCUGCUGCUGGCGGCAUCUGCUGCACAGCAGCAGCAGCAACAUCAGCAACAUUCGUCGCAUCUGUAGCAGCGACGCCAUCUUGAAAGCUUGCGGCAGCUAUAGCAAAGCUUAACCUUUGAGACAUGUGGCAAUGCUGCAAACACACACACACACACAAAACACCCCCUAUCGUUUAGGUAAUAAGCGUUUUUUGUUUAUUUUUAGUGAGAAGA